AAAAAGGUUGACGCGGAGAUGAAGGCCGUUAAGAGUUCGGCCAGUGGUUCCCAAGGCAAUGCUGAGGCCGUUAAGAAGCCCAUUGUCUUUAAGAAGAAGAAAAGGACUGCCGAUGAAGGGCAGAAGACUAUGACCGAGACCAACCUGCAGCCGGCGAAGGUGGCGAAGAAGACGAAAAAGUCUUCUACGGAUGAGGAGGCCAGAUCCCUAAUCGUCCAGGCUGCGGGUGAAGCUGGGGGUGCCGACGAUGCUGAUCGUUGGUAGAUUUGACCAAAGAGGCCCCUUCGGCUGCCCUUACUCCGCCCCCUCCGAAGAAUGCAAUAGUCGCUUCGGCCAAGGCCCGUCCUGGCAAGGAACCGGGGAAAGGGCUCUCCGAGGUCACCGUUCAUUACCCUAUGAAGGGCGACCUAUUUAAUGAAGGCGUCAGUGGGGACGACGUUCUCUCCCAGGCCACUCCCGACGAGGAUCGGCUGUAUCUGAGCCGUCAGGGCAAAGAGGUGCGCCUGUAUGACGGUGGGAUGGACUUCAUCGUCCAAGGUGCUUUUAUGUUAAAGGAGCAGCAUGGCCGAGAUAGCUCGGUUGAAGAAGUUAGAGGAGAAGAUCGCUUCGGCCGAUGAGGCCCUAACUACCCUAGAGAAGCUUCAUGCCGAGUUGGAUUUGCUGGAGAAGAAGGCUGACGAAGAGCGCCAAAAGGUGCAAGCCUAAUUGGACGAAGAGAAAGCCGGUUGCGAGAGAGCCGAGGAGCGUGCGACUGAGGCUGAGAAGCUCAAGAAUGGGGCUAAGGAGGAUGCUGACAAGUGCAUUGAACAGUUCCUGGCCGACGGGUGGAAGGAAAGGCCGAUGACCGGCGCCCCUUUUGCUUUUAGGUGGUGGCCAAGAGGUUUAAGGACUGGACGACGAGUGAUCCCGACAGCCAGACAUACUAGAUGCAAGAGAUGAAGGCGUUCUAUGAUUGCGGCCAAUUCAGAAUGCAGAAGCUGAUUUAUAGGAAGCUUUGUCGACAGUUCAAGAAGAUGAGGCCUAAAGGUUUGAUCCUGCCCCGUCUGAUGAGAAAACCAGAGGACAAUCUUAAGCUACCCUUGGCGGAGAGGCACCCUCCUAUCUUGAGCUCCGAUGAGGAGGACGAGCCAUGGAGUGAUAGUGACAACUACCUACUUGAGGGCUCUAUCAACUCGAAGGCCGACGAGGAUGAUACUGACGAUGAGGCCGAUAGUGGGGCCGGGGAGGAUGCUGCUCAGGGUGAAAAUCAAGCCGAUGAGGCGGCCUAGCUUGUGCCUUACUUUUUGCAUUGGGUAGAUAAGGGCCGUAGCGCCCAUGCUAAUGUAAUGGCCGAAGCGCCCACCCAUAUGUACUUAGCACUUUGUUUAAUGAAAAUUUUAUGCUUUCA